CCUGCCCCGAGCUCGCGCGCCGGGAGUCUGCGCCCGCCGCGGCCCCGGGCCUGGUCGCGCGCUCCCCGCGAGCAGGGCGGCCGCGCGCGCGCGCGCACGGCUGGGGCAGCCGCCCACGGGCGCUGGGGCCGGAGCAGGGCGAGCCGGGCGAGCCGGGCGGCGCGGGCUGGGGCCGGGGGGCGCCUCCCGAAGAUGCAGGAUGGCAGCAGAGCCGGCGGCCAGCCCCUCGUACCGCACGACGGGCUCCACCUGCCUGCACCCGCUCAGCGAGCUCCUGGGCAUCCCGCUGGACCAGGUGAAUUUUGUAGCAUGCCAGCUUUUUGCCUUGUUCGCUGCUUUCUGGUUCCGCAUCUAUUUGAGUCCUGGUAAAACCAGUCCUGAUGUCCGACAUGCAUUUGCCACCAUCUUUGGCAUCUAUUUUGUCAUCUUUUGUUUUGGCUGGUACUCCGUGCAUCUUUUUGUGCUGGUGUUAAUGUGCUACGGGAUCAUGGUCACUGCAAGUGUAUCCAGUAUUCACAGAUACUCCUUUUUUGUAGCAAUGGGAUACCUUACAAUAUGCCACAUCAGCCGAAUAUAUAUCUUCCACUAUGGGAUUCUCACUACAGAUUUUUCUGGGCCUCUGAUGAUUGUCACACAGAAGAUCACGGCCUUGGCAUUCCAAGUUCAUGAUGGAUUAGGUCGAAGAUCUGAAGACCUGUCUAAUGAGCAACGUCGACUCGCUGUGAAAGUAAAACCCUCUUUUUUGGAAUACUUAAGCUAUCUUCUCAACUUCAUGAGUGUCAUAGCUGGCCCUUGCAACAAUUUCAAGGAUUAUAUAGCCUUUAUUGAGGGGAGACAUACGCACAUGAAGUUGCUGGAAGUGAACUGGAAGCAGAGAGGUUUCCACAGCCUGCCGGAGCCUUCUCCCACUGGAGCUGUGAUCCACAAGUUGUACAUGACCUUGGUGUCUCUCCUUCUGUUUUUGACCCUCACGAAGACCUUCCCUGUCACCUGCCUGGUUGAUGACUGGUUUGUUCAUAAAGCAAGCUUUCUGAGUCGACUGUGCUACUUAUAUAUUGUCAUGCAAGCCUCGAAGCCCAAGUAUUACUUUGCCUGGACGUUAGCUGAUGCAGUGAAUAAUGCAGCUGGAUUUGGGUUCAGCGGAGUGGAUAAGAAUGGAAAUUUCUGUUGGGAUCUGCUUUCUAACCUAAACAUCUGGAAAAUUGAGACUGCCACAAGUUUCAAAAUGUACUUAGAAAACUGGAAUAUUCAGACAGCUGCUUGGCUCAAGCGAGUGUGCUACGAGCGGGUUCCCUGGUACCCCACGGUGCUAACCUUUGUCCUGUCUGCCUUGUGGCAUGGCGUCUACCCUGGAUACUAUUUUACCUUCUUAACUGGAACCCUCGUCACAGUAGCGGCCAGAACGAUGAGGAACAACUACAGACAUUACUUCCUUUCCUCAAAAGCCCUCAAGGUUGCGUAUGACGUAGUCACCUGGGCAGUCACUCAGCUGGCCGUCUCCUACACUGUCGCACCCUUUGUUAUGUUAGCCGUUGAGCCAACCAUCAGCUUAUACAAGUCCAUGUACUUUUAUUUACACAUCAUAAGUCUCCUGAUAAUACUCUUUCUGCCAGUCAAACCACACGCUCAUAUUCAAAGGCAGCCUCAAACUCUGAACUCUGUUAAUAAGGAAAAAAAAGAUUGAUACCUCCAAGGAAAGUUGAGCAUGUAAAACUGCAAAACAUUGGAAAAUGGAGACCAAAAGGCUCAAGGGUCCUUCAGUGCCUUAGAAGCAAUGUUUACAUGCAUUUUUUUUUUUGAAGUGCAGGGAGAAUUUUUAUAAAGCCUUUUUGUACCAUGAAGUCAGCCAUGCCGAGUUGAUCUGAUGUUUCCUAGGACCUUUGAGUGGUGCGGAGGUGUGUGCAGAAGGGGCCAGAGACUGCCCAUCCCAGGCUGCUGGGGCUUUGCUCCUCUGGCACGAUUUCCAGCCUCUGGAGCCCAUGCACCUGCUCCGGAAGGCAGAAGAUGGCUGCUGACAGAGCUGAUCUUCCAGAACAUAUCCAGAUAGGGUUGUUCCUUAAGAAGCCCCAGACCCUUUGACCCCAGUGACUGCACUCAGAAGACCACGGAGGAGAGGGAUCCUGAAGGAAAGAGCCAGGAGGACUUGGCCAUGAACACUCGAGUGGACGGACAGUCAGGCAUGCCCUAAAGCAGGCUGCGUUUUUUCCCCUAGAGAUAGAACUCUUCCGUUUUUUUCUUCUGAACUGAGCCA